GCCCAGGGCGGCGGGCGGAGGGUUGGACUGCACCAGCUCCGCGCGGGGGGACGGCCUGGAACAGCACACCGGCGGGGCGUUGAUACACCACAAAUUCCCCCAGGACACUGGUCUGCUUGGUUUUCGUCCAGGAAGAACAGUGUUUCCAACGCCUCCAUACACCCAACCGCGGGGAACGGCGUCGCCCUCCGCUUCAGGCCUCUCUUCCUCUCCUCGUCCCAGUGGUUUCCGCCAACAGGCGGGACUGAAGGGUCCCGGAAGCCGGCUCAGUGCACUUCCGGGUCGAGGAGCGCGCGGCGGCAGCAGCGGCAGGGCCUAGUCGUUGCUCUUGCUGGAGCGGCGACGAGCGCCUGGGGACGGCCAGCGGGACACGAGGUUCCCGGAUUGAACCUCCAUGUCCAGCGAUGGACGACGACAGCCUGGACGAGCUUGCGGGCUGCAGCCCGGGGCCAGACGCACACCUGCCACUCAGUGCUGUUGCCCUGGCUGGCGGUACUGGAGAGAGCGGGGACGAUGACAGUGGGGACUCUGAGGAGGACACGGGCAGUGAGCUCAGUGACAGCACCGAUGCAGAAGACGAGGAGGGGGACCUGGACGACGGAUCUGGUUCGGAAGGCGCCAUCACAGAUGACGCUGAUGACGACGUGGAAAUAGUGGCAGCAGCGAGCACCCAGGGGCUGCUGGAGGCUGGCGGCGAGUGGCACUCUGACGACGACUUGGAGAGCUGCCCAAUCUGUCUCAACACUUUCAGGGGCCAGGCUGUGGGGACCCCGGAGACUUGCUCCCACCACUUCUGCCUGGACUGCAUCGUGGAGUGGUCGAAGAAUGCCAACUCCUGCCCAGUGGACCGAGCCCUGUUUAACUGCAUUUGCAUUCGAGCCCAGUUUGGUGGAAAAGUCCUGAAGAAGAUCCCGGUGGAGAGGGCCCGGGCCCGGGAGGAGGAGGAGGACCCGACCUUCUGUGAGGUGUGUGGCCGCAGUGACCGGGAGGACCGCCUGCUCCUCUGCGACAGCUGUGACGCUGGGUACCACAUGGAGUGUCUGGACCCCCCUCUGCAGGAGGUGCCGGUGGAUGAGUGGUUCUGUCCCGAGUGUGCUGUCCCUGGAGCUGCUGCCCCGCCCACAGACACAGACUCUGUGACCGAGGAGGAGGUCUCCCUGCUCCUGGUGGACGUGGUGCCUACCCCCAGCCGGCUGCGACCUCGCUCGGGGCGGACUCGGGCCAUUGCUCGGACUCGGCAGAGCGAGCGCGUCCGCGCCGCCGUGGACCGGAACCGCAUGUCCACGGCCCAGAACAUCCAGCACGUCCCGAGGUACCUGGUGUCUUCUCUGCUGGACGAGACCAUCGAAGCCGUGGCCUCUGGUCUGAGCACCGCCGUGUAUCAGCGCCCGGUGACGCCGCGGGCCCCCGCCAGACGCAGGAAGAAAGCCAGAAGACGGAAGAGAGUGGGGGGAAGGAAGAGAACCCAGUCCCACCCCACCGUGAGGAGCAGGAGCUCUGGGACCAGGUCCAGAAGGCGCCAGGGCCGCGGGAAGAAGAGAAAAGGGAAGAAGCUAAAGGGGGAAGGCACAGCCCGUUGCCGCAUCGCGCGGGCCCUGGGCCUCCGGAGGCCGGCCCGCGGGGCCUGCAUCCCGUCCGUGUACAAGCCUGCGGACCCCUCCCUGGGGCUGAUGCGUGCGGACAUCGGGGUCGCCCCCCUCUCUCUGUUUGGAGACCCCUCUGAGCUGGACCCUAUUUACAGCAGUGAGGAGCCAUCCGCCAGCCCCGCUUCCCCGCUGAGCACCAAGAGGAGGGCUCUCUCCCGCUCAGCCCUGCGGUCGCACCAGCCCGUGGCCAGGCCUGUCUCCAUGGGGCUCUCCAGGAGGAGCAUCCCCGCCGCGGCGCCCGAGCCUGAGGCGGACGGAGCCCCGGUCCCGGACCUGCUGGGCAGCAUCUUGUCGAGCCAGAGCCUGCUGCUGAUGGACAGCGCCGACAUCACCAUCCACCGGGACGGCUCGCUCAGCGCCAGGCACUCUGCGCCCGUCCCGUUCCCGCGGAGCCCGGCUCUCGCGGCCCAGGAGGGAGAAGGCCCUGGGCCCACGGAUGGCCUGCAGCCCCCGGCACCAAGCCCAGGGUGCCCGGGAAGCCUGGGAUCGCACGGCCAAGGCAGGCCGGCCCCCUCCCGAGUUCCUGUGCUCACGCCAGGAGCUGCGGUGAGACUGGACCCCUCGGUGACCCCGCAGCCGGGCCAGGCCCAGCGCCUGUGGAACGGGAGCAGUCUCGGCCCGAAACGGCCCGACCGCCCCCACGCCGGCGGCGGCAGCGGCAAGCACACUGUGCCUCUUAGGUUCACAGCUAAGAUCUCAGACCGCGGCUGUGACUUGCCGGCCAAGAGCAUAGUGCCAGCACAGGCCCCAAAACCAGCUCCCAGGAGAGCGGACAUCUCCAAGCUCCCCCGGAUACCAAAGAUAAGAAGGGAUGGCGGUGGGCGGGCAGACUCGGCCCCGGCCCCCACGAGCAGGCGGCCCGUUGAGAUCCCCAGCUCCUGCAUCAGCCGGCUGACGGGCAGGGAGGGCCCUGGGCAGCCUGGCCUCGGCGCCCGGGCCGAGGGCGAGACCCGUGGCAGGGGCUCCCAGGAGUCCAGUGUGCACUCGGGGGGCGGCGCCCAGUCCCCCACCCCACUGGGGCCCUCGAGGGGGAAGGGCAGCGGUUCGACCUUCCAGAGCUUCAGGAUCAACAUCCCGGGGAACGCGGCCCUCGCCGGCAGACCUGCCCACCCUGGCUUCUGCCACACGUUCCGGCCCGUCGAGAACAAGGUGCAGCGGAAAGAGAAUCCCUCGCCCCUCUUCUCCCUCAGGAAGACGAAGCAGCUCAAGAGUGAGAUGUACGACCCCUUCGACCCCACCGGCUCCGACUCCAGCUCCACAGGCAGCAGCCCCGAGCGCCGGGGCCCCGGCCUCCUGCCCUCGGAGAUCACCCGCACCAUCUCCGUGGGCGGCCCCGGGGCUCCGCCUUCGCAGACCGUGCGCUGCGUCACCUCCUACACCGUGGAGGCCGCCUGGGGGCCUCCGGUCAGCGCACGCAAGCUCGGGGGCGAGGAGGAGGAGGAGGAGGGGUCUGCCAGGGGCCCCGGCUCAGCCGCUCGCGCCCAGAGGCCAUCCCCAUCCCGGCUGGAGCCCUGGGAGGACGAGGACCCGCCAUCCCGCAGCACCUUCUUUGGCUCGGAAGAGCGGACGGUGACUUGCGUGACCGUGACGGAGCCGGCUGCCCCGCCGCUGCCAACCACCCACAGGGUCGUGGAGCUGCGGUCCCGGUCCCGCUCCACUUCCAGCUCCAGGGGCAGGAAGAAGGACGAGAGGAAGCAGGUUGCCACCCGCGAGCACAGGAGGACCCGCUCUGGCUCCCGCUCGGGGGACGGGAGCUCCAGGUCUGCGUCACCACUGGUGGACGAGGACCACACCAAGAGGCACCGGCCCAAGGUCAGGGCUCCGAGGUCUUCCAGCGACCGUUCCAGCAGCCUCGAGCGAGCCAAGCGGAAGAAAGCCAAGGACAAGAGCAGGGAGAGGAAGAGGGACUCCCGGGGCCGAGGCCGGCGGGGGUCCAGGUCCCGGUCCGGCAGCCCUGGCGGCUCCUCCCACGAACACCGUGAGAGCCGGAGGAGGCAGAAGCGGCGGUCAGGGUCUCGGUCUCAGGGGAGGGGGUGCUCUCCCCCCAGCAGCCUAGAGAGGGCCUGGAGGCUCCACCCCCCCAGGGGGAGGAGCCAUGAGAGGCCCCGGCACACAGGGGGCUCCCGGGAGAGGAGGAGGCACAGGUCCAGGUCCCCCAGCACAGAACACAGGUCCCAGGAGCAUCGGCAGCCUCGUUCCCGAGAGAAGAGGCCUUGGCCCCACUCCCCAGAGAGGAAGUUGCCUGUGAAGAAGGCCUCCCCACCACCCCCUCCCCAGGAGGAUCUGGGGCCAGGCAGGGAGCAUCCAGCCAGGCUGCCAAGGGAGGAUGCCUGGUCAGAAGGGGCUGAGGCCCCCCAGCCCCCCUCACAGGCCCCCCUGGCCCCGGAGGUGCCGGCCGAGUGUCUGCCUGAGGACCUGGACUACGGCGACUCCGUGGAGGCGGGACAGGUCUUCGAAGACUUCUCGAGUGAGGGCGUCCUCUCGCAGCUGGACGACAUGAGCUCCCCGCCUUCCCCAGAGAGCACCGACUCCUCCCCGGAGCGGGGGGCCCCGCCCAGCCUCGCCCUGCCCGCCCCUGGCCCGCAGCCGGGCACCAGCCUGGCCGGGGCCGAACUCAGACGGGAGGUGCCGCCGGUCUGCAGUGAAGAUGCUGCGCAGCUCCCACCCUGGGCGGAGGGUCCCCAAGGGAAGGCCUCCUUCCAGCAGGACCAGGCCACAGCUGUGACCCCUGGGACGCCCUGGGACGCCCUGGGAGGCCAGGCCGCAGGCGGGGCGCUGGUGGGGCAGGAGGAAGGCCCCUGUCGGAUGGCCGUGCUGCGGGCCAAAGCCCCGGUGAAGAGGGUCACCUGGAACCUGCAGGGGGCGGCAGGCAGCGCCCUGGCCGAGGACAGAGGCCUGCGGUUGCCAUUUCACAGGCUGCAGCAGCCCCCCCCGGAAGAGUCCUGGGGACCCGAAGACGGAGGCCCUCUGGUGGACACCCAGCAGGCGUCCUUCCCUGAGCCCCUUCCUCCUGGCCACAGGCUUCCAGAGCCUGCCUUCCCCAAUGCUGACCUGUCUCAGGUUUACAGCCCCGGCCUGCCUCCCACCCUGGCUCUGCCCGCAAGUGCUCCGCCCCACGCGCCGGCCAGUCAGUCCUCGGUCCACUCCACCCUGCAGGGCGGUCUUCCCCCAGCUGCCUGUGGGCUGGCCCCAAGCCCGGCCCCAGUGCUAGUGCCCAUCGGCCUGACCACAGCCUCAGAGCCGGCUGGCCACACCGCCGACACCAACAACUCAGAGGAGAGGCCGGCCGCUGCCCGGCCAGCCACAGAGAAGGCCAAGAGUGAGGAGUACAUGAAGAAGCUGCACAUGCAGGAGCGGGCGGUGGAGGAGGUGAAGCUGGCCAUCAAGCCCUUCUACCAGAGGAGGGAGGUGACCAAAGAGGAAUACAAGGACAUCCUCCGGAAGGCUGUUCAGAAGAUCUGCCACAGCAAGAGCGGGGAGAUCAACCCCGUGAAGGUGGGCAACUUGGUGCGGGCCUACGUGGGCAAGUACAGGCACAUGCGCAGGCGCCGGAGGCCGGAGGCCGGGGAGGAGCCUGCGGCCCAGGGCGCUGAGAGCUGAGGCCACGCCGUCCGCAGCGCCACAGGGGCUGCCGUCCUGGUCCCCGGAAGUGCUGUCGGGAGUGGCAGUAGCAGAAGACUCUGGGGACACCCAGCACUGUUUUCAGGGUUCCUGUGGCCACAUGUGGUCUGUGCACCUGUCCUGUUCAACUUAAACUGGACUUUUUUAUAUGUAUAUUAUAGACACACUGUUUCAUUGUGUUCUAAUUUAUCAAAAACAAAUUAUCUUCAGAAACUUC